AGAUUUAGGAUGCUGGAAAUUUGGAUCGCAUAACCCCCAUCUGGUGUUCUUAUUGUUGUUUUUGGGAGUAACCAAAUAUAUCUUCGAUUGAAUCUGAAAGGUGGGUCUUCUAGCUGAAAAGGGUAUUGCUUAGUAUUUAGAAAUGGAUAUGAUUAGUAAUCUGUCGGAUGAUUUGCUCUUGAAGAUUUUGUCACAACUUCCUACCAAAGAUGUUGUUGAAACCAUGUUUUUGUCGAAGCGGUGGAAGUUUCUUUGGAUGAUGGUUCCAAAACUUGAUUUUGAUGAUAGUGUUUAUGAAUAUUUCGAUGAUGAGCGUGUUGAAUACAAGGUAUUUCGAGAAUAUGUUGACAGGUUUUUGGUAUUGUACAAAUCUCCGGUUCUUGAAACGUUGAAAUUCAACCUUGGUUGUCCGAUGUCCACCACUGAUGAUAUGUCAACAUGGAUCAGAUUUGCAAUUGCUCGUCGUGUGCGUGAGCUUGAAAUUUACCGUUCUUGUGAAGAUGAUUUUCACUCAUUUCCUUUGCCUCGGUGUCUGUAUACAUUUGAGAAGCUCGUGGUUUUGAAACUUUAUAAGUCAAUUUCUUUGGAUGUUCCUAGGGAGGUUUGUCUUUCAUCUCUGAAAGUAUUACACAUCUUGAGUGUGCACUACAAAGACAAAAACUCUCUUCGUAGGCUGUUAUCGGGUUGUCCCGUUCUUGAAGAGUUGGUUAUUGACAAAAGUGAAGACGAAUAUCCUCCAUCUUUAUAUGUCAUAAUGAAUUCCUUAGAAAGAUUAUCUAUCCUUAAUGAGUUUCACGACUCUGGUCAGGAGACAUUCUUUGUUGACGAAAAAGUUGUGAUAAAUGUUCCGUCUCUGAAGUACUUGAACUAUGUAGAUAUCUAUGACCUUGGUCAUUUGUGUUCGAGUGAGAAUAUGCCUGAAUUGGUUGAGGCAAAUGUGAAGCUUGUUUGUGAAAGUCCCGAGAAGCUAAUGAGAUCCCUUACGUCAGUCAAGCGCCUCUCUUUAUGUUUAUAUGGUUCAGUGCUUCAGCAUCGUAUUGAAUUCUGUCAGCUUGUUCGCCUUGAGCUAUGUGGAUGUGGCCCAAAAUGGUGGAAUCUACUUACUUGGAUGCUCCAAAGUUCUCCUAAACUACAGGUUCUCAAGCUCAACAAGUGUGGGGAGAUCUGUAUAUGUUCCAUAGCGCCGGCCAUUAUACGUAGUUGGGGACAACCGAGUUCUGUUCCUGAUUGUUUGCAGUUCCAUCUCAGUACAUUUGAGUGGAAGUAUUACAAUGGAAGAAGAGAAGAGAAGAAAGUUGUGGCAUACAUCCUAAAGAACGCAAGACAGUUGAAGACUGCGAUUUUCUCUACUAAAGAUUCGUAUCUGCAGGAAAAGCAAUCUCAGAAGAAACUCAAGGAGUUGGUUUCUCUGCCUAGGGCUUCAAGCUCAUGUCAGCUUCUUGUGGAUUAAAAAAAAGAAAGAUUUAGUAGUCUGUUACAAGCUAUUAAGAUUUGGCAUGUUUAAUAGCCAAAAUUGCAUAUGAGUCGGUGUAUGAAUAAUCCCUCUACUGGUUUUAUUCUCAAAAUGAAGGAACUGUUGAGAAUGGGCGAGGGCGAAUCCAGUGCUUCAAGUGAUGCCAUUUUGAAAGCCAGUGCAGCAACUGAGGCUGUAGAGAAAAUUUAUCAAGGACAAACAAUUAGUCCAAUAACUUUUCAGACUAAGUUCCGGUCACAUCUUGUAUUGGCACUUGAUCAGAUUUGACGGUAUUGCUCCAGAACCUCUCAAGGGUAAUACCAAGUGUGUCCCUUUUCCCCAAAUGUUUGAUUCAUCUCAAACAAUGUUACCAGCAGAGGAGCUGAAGAAGCGGUUUGAACAAGAAGACCUAGUUCAAAGCACGGAGAAACAGAAGCAGCAACCUGAUGGAGAAGUAUCGGUUCUUUUGAUUCUGCUUAUCGUCUAG